AUGUUUGAAGGCUUUAGUAGUAAUAAACGGAGGAAAGUUGACAACACCGAAAGCAAAGAGGAGAAUAAGCCAUGGGUUGAAAAGUACAGACCCAAGAAUCUCGACGAGGUCACUGCUCAAGAUCAUGCCGUUAACGUGCUGAAAAAGACGCUGAAAUCCGCUGAUUUACCGCACAUGCUGUUCUACGGUCCACCUGGUACGGGUAAAACUUCCACCAUUUUAGCUCUGACAAAAGAAUUGUUUGGACCCGAGCUAACAAAGAGCAGAGUCUUGGAAUUGAACGCCUCGGAUGAGCGUGGUAUUUCGAUCGUUAGGGAAAAGGUCAAGAACUUUGCGCGUCUUACCGUUUCUAAGCCAUCCAAGAAUGAUUUGGAAAAAUAUCCAUGUCCACCUUUCAAGAUCAUCAUUUUAGAUGAAGCAGACUCAAUGACCGCCGACGCGCAGAGCGCCUUGAGAAGAACAAUGGAAACGUAUUCCUCGGUGACAAGAUUUUGUCUGAUUUGUAACUACAUCACCAGAAUUAUCGACCCUCUAGCUUCCAGAUGUUCGAAAUUUAGAUUCAAGUCUUUAGACGAAUCUAACGCAAUGGAUAGACUACAAUACGUUGCCAAACAGGAGUCCGUGAUUUGUGAAGAUGGCGCCCUGGAAAAGAUACUAAUUGUAUCUUCAGGAGACUUGAGGAAAGCUAUAACGUUAUUGCAGUCCUCUUCCAAACUUAGAAAUUACACCGGGACAGACAAAGUUACUUCAAAACAAGUGGAGGAGCUGGCUGGGCGGGUUCCUAAUGACAUAUUGGGCGAACUUGUAGAAAAAAUUGCGUCGAAAGAUCUGGACGCCAUAAUAGCAUACGUCAACAACUUUGCCAAAAGUGGGUGGUCUGGAGUGUCCGUUAUAUCACAAUUGCAUGACUACUACAUAAUGAGCGACAACUUCGACACUGCUUUUAAAAACCGGAUCUCCCUCAUACUAUUUGAUACAGAUGCAAAAUUAACCAACGGUACCAAUGAGCAUCUUCAACUGUUGAAUUUAGUUGUGCAAAUUUCGAACAUCUAA